AUGCUUGGAUCCGGCACCAAGAUUGGGGAACCUGCUGUUGUGUUUGCUUCCAAAAACACUGCUUUGGUUUCUCGGCCUACAAGGUCUGGCUCUUUUGCUGUUCUGCCUCGUCGCCUGACUUCUAUAGAAAAAGACAAACUAAAGUGUGAUCACUUUGGUGAAAAGAGACAUACUAUCGACACCUGCUGGGCAUUGCAUGGGGUACCAGAUUGGGAGAAGGAGCGGAGGCGUUUAAAGAAGGAACAACUAAACGGCAAAGCUCUUGUGGUUGUUGCCCCCACUUCUAUGGCUGACACCACCACUGGGCACGGUCACCUUACUGCUACGCCUCCUCCAACCUUGACCGCGGUCUCAAGCACUCCAACACCUCCACCUCCAAGUAACUUUGGCAAGGCUUUCCAUGCCCAUGACACACGCAAUACAGGUUGGAUUAUUGAUUCAGGAGCUACUGACCAUAUGACGUAUAAUUCUGCUUUAUUCUCUACUACUUUUCCACCUCAUCAUGAUCAUGUUUUGACUGCUGAUAAUGCUGAUGCUCCUGUCACGGAGGUUGGUUUUAUACUCUUGACACCUGCUUUACCAUUGGACAAAGUGUUACUGGAUAUCCAAACUCGGGAGAUCUUUGGUCGUGGUACUAAAAAGGGGGGGCUUUAUUAUGUGGAUGAUGUGGCAACUAGUCGGGUUCUUCGUGAUGCCUUGAGAGUUCGUUGGUUUGUGUUAUUUGUGGAUGAUUGCACUCGUAUGAUGUGGUUAUAUGGGAUGAAAAAGAAAAGUGAGGGUGUACUCCAUGAGACUACUUGUCCUCAAACACCACAACAGAAUGGGGUUGCUGAACGUAAAAAUGGGCAGAUCCUUGCUGCUGCCCUUGCUCUGCUACUUGGUGCUUCAGUUCCAAACCAGUUCUGGAUGGAUGAUGUUACCUAUGCAGUCUAUCUCUUCAAUCGCCUACCUUCACGAGUUUUGGAUUUCCAAACUCCUAUGCAGGUACUGACCCAUCAUAUCUCUGCCUUUUUUAUGCUGACUCUGUCUCCAAAGGUGUUUGGUUGUGUCACCUAUGUUCUCCUCCAUCAGAAUCAGAGGAGUAAGCUGGACCCCUGUGCUCUCCGCUGUGUCUUUCUAGGUUUUUCUCCUCAUCAGAAAGGCUACCGAUGCUAUCAUCCUGCAACCCGAUGUCUAUAUGUCUCUAUGGAUGUUACCUUUAUUAAGGAUGAAAUGUUUUUCUCUGAUACACCCAAGCAUGUCAUUCAGGGGGAGACUAGUAGUGAAGGACAUAAUUGGCUAAAUUUACAAGGGGGAGUAGUAUUGGAUAGUUUGAUACAAAGGGAAGAACCGACAAAACUUGUUGAACCGGCUGAACUUGAUACACCGGCCAAACCUACUACACUAGCUGAACCUGCUACACCAGCUGAACCUACUAUUUUAACUGAUGCCCCCCAUGAAGCUUCUCUAAUUGUACCCGAUCAAGCUCCCAUGGAUAUUCCUGAGGUAAGUGCUUCUAUUCAUACUGCUGAUAAUUCUUAUGUUUUAUCGCCUAGAAGGAACCGUGGGGUUCCACCUAAUCGUUACUUACUCGAAGGCAAAGCAAGAUAUGCUAUUGCCCAUUAUGUGUCUGAUCACAGGUUAUCUCCUGAGUGCAAAGCUUUUGUGACCAGAAUGGAUAGUAUUAAAAUUCCAACCCGUGUUGAGGAGGCAUUUAAUGAUCCAAAGUGGGCUGAAGCCAUGAAUAUUGGAAUGGAGGCGCUAUAG